GAGCGGAAGUGACGCGAGGGAGGGGAAGUUUCUCAGCAGAGCGGAGAAGGCGGCGGCGGCGGCGGCGGCCUGGAGAGGGUCGUCUGAGCCAUGUCAACGGGGAGCUCGGGGCAGCGAGAGCAUGGGGCCUCUGGAGGGUGAGGAGGCCGCGGCUGCGAGGCCGGGCGAGAGGGGAGGCCGGGAAGGGAAAGUUGAGGGAGAGGGGGAGGGAGAGGCCUGGCGGAGGAGGAGGAGCCCAUUUAUGGGUUUCGCCCGUGCCGGGGCCCCCUUGAGGCCCUCCAGACGUCGCUGGACUACCAACCCCCGCCAGCCCCCAGCCAGCAUGGUCGCGGGGAUGGGAGUUGUGGUCCAGCAACACCUCGUGGGCCGCAGGUCCCCCACCCCAGGCUUAUGAGAUCAGAGAGGCUGUAAAUCUACCUUAAACAAAUACAGUGGUACCUUGGGUUACAUACGCUUCAGCUUACAGACUCCGCCAACCCAGAAAUAGUACCUCGGGUUAAGAACUUUACCUCAGGAUGAGAACAAAAAUCGUGUGGCGGCAGCACAGCAGCAGUGGGAGGCCCCAUUAGCUAAAGUGGUGCUUCAGUUUAAGAACAGUUUCAGGUUAAGAACGGACCUCCGGAACGAAUUAAGUACUUAAUCCAAGGUACCACUGUAUUGUCUUAUCUUCUAAGGCUGCUGUUGCUGGGAUUAUUGAGAGGGCACUCGCGGCUGUGUUUUUGAGCCAUCGAGAUGUGUUACAAGUGCUAAGCCUUGUGGAGUGAGGAGAUCAAGGAACAGGCACCAGCCCCAGAGGGAAUCUGAAUGUUUAAUUUGAUUUUUUCCCCCAGGCGACGCAGCAAAUGGGACCAGCCUGGCCCAUCUCCGGCUCUCUUCCUCCUUCCUGCAACCACGCCUGUGGCUGGCCGGCCUGUCCAGGGCAGCGGAGAUAGUGUAUCUGGGAUGUCAGGGUCUGAGGGCUCAGCGGCCCCGCUGGGAGCUCUGGAUGCAGCCGCUGCCGUGGCAGCCAAAAUCAAUGCCAUGUUAAUGGCCAAAGGGAAGCUGAAACCAACGGCGAAUUCAACGGACAAGGUCAGUGGCUGGCAGGGUGAAGGCAUCAGAUUUCGAAAGCAAGAAGCCAUUUAACUUUCAUGACGGUUGAGAAAAGAAAGCUGUAUACACACCAUAUAUUUAAAGCACACCUCCAUAAUCCUGGGAAUUGUAGGUUGUUACGGGUGCUGCGCUUUGUAGCUCUGUGAAGGUUAAAUUUAAGUUCCCAGGAUUCUUUGCAGGGAGCCAUGUUCUCUGAUGUGUACACAGCUGAAGUCUCAAAUUUAGGAUUUGGACUUGUUUCCUCAUGCUAUUAACUAUUUGCCCAUUGUUUCCUGACGUCUGGCCAAAUGUGUAUUGGGGCAUAUCAAACCCAUUGAAAUUAAUUGCAGUGGGUCAACAUGGUUGGAUAUAACCCCUUGUGUUGGCUAUCAGUGGGUUGUAAUGAAGGUUUGUUCUGCAAUCAGCGUACCCUUUUUUCAUUUGUCCGCUUACCCUUUAAUAUGUAUUGUGGGUAAAGUGAAUUGCCUUAAGAACAAAACAAAAUAGCAAUUGUGAGAUAGGCAGAUCUGUAGCGACAUAUCACAAGCCACAAACAAUGAUAUGAAAACAGUUCAAAAUGAGCACAUGACAUCCAGCAGUACUGAAAGUAGACAGUGUUGACAUGAAACUGAUCAAAAAUUAAUUCAUCAAGCCCAGCAUUGCCAUCAGAUUUGUCCAGGCACCCACCAGGGUACACAUUCCCUAAGAAGUCCCCAACACCUCCCUUAGGCCCCAUUAAGAUAAAUACUUCUAAAAACUUUAUUUUACUUGUGCUGCAGCUGUGGUCUUGAAUUCAUUCUGGACUCCGUAUAUGUUGCAGCGGGAGGUGGCUGCUGCCACAGACAUAAACCAGGGGCUAUAUUCUACCACACACCCCACACACCCCCAUGAGACAACACCUAAGGCUAUGGGCGGUCAGCCCAAGAUAGCUAAGCUCUGGGGAAAGUUAUAUGGAUUAAAUUUAAAGGGGGUGUCUGGGACAAGAUGGCACUUUGCUGUGAGUCUCCUUGAGCCUAGAUUUAGCCCUGCAAAGGGACAAUGAAUAUACAGUCAUACCUCGGGUUACAAAUGCCGUGAGUUGUGCAUUUUUGGGUUGCGGACUACGCCGAACCAGGAAGUAUUGGAACGGGUUACUUCCGGGUUUCGGCGCUUGCACAUGCGCAGAAGCACACAAUGAUGUCAUGCACAAAAACGCUGAAUCGUGUCACGCGCGUGCGCAGACGUAGCACUGUGGGUUGCGAACAUGCCUCCCGCACGGAUCACGUUUGCAACCCGAGGUGUGACUGUACACAAUGUAUGAACUGCACUGCAAAAUUAAGACUAUAAAGGGUGAAUGGGCCAGCCAGGUUUGUUUUAACUCUGUCAUCCUUCCAAAGAAAAUAAUUUGGUUUCCCCUUCUUGUCGGUAGUGAACAUUUUGGAGCAGUCUGGACUGGUUGCAUGAAAUCUAUCCCUUGGUUCAGUCACAUCUGCUUUCAAAACAAGUUGGCGAGGGUGGGGGAGGGAUUUUAAUGUACCAGUGACUUCCCCUUUUCUCUUUGGAUGCAAGAAAGUCUGGCUUAAUAAGCGAGACUCUAUUUUCUUAGCCUGUGACAGGGUUGGGGAGCCUCAGGCCCAGGGGUCAAAUACAAUGCUUCAGUUACAGCCAUGAAACAUCUCUAGUUAUUUCUUAUCAUAAGAAGACUUCCCAGCCUAUCUGGGAAUAGAUGAUUAUCAUUGUAUAAGAUGUUGUAUUAGUGAAAGAAAUGAAUGUCUGUAACUGGAAAUGCAAAAAGAAAAACCAAAACAAACCAAACAAAUGCAACUCUUCGGACCUCUCUGUAGGCCCUUGGGACUCUCCCCAGGCCACACCUCUUGCCAGCCCUGCUUCACACCCUCAUGGAGUAUUUCUGUCUGGCUUGAAUGUACCCUUGAACUCUGAUCAUGCCUCCUCCUUGCCCGGAUGGAGAGGGGCAGGUGAGUGUGCAAAGGGUGGGGCUUAUGUGUCUUGAUGCCCAUUGUCUGAUCUGUUAACAGCUACAAGCUCCUGGAAAAGGACCGGCUGCGAGCAAAAGCAAAGAUGAUCUUGUCGUCGCAGAAGUGGAGAUAAACGACGUGCCUCUCACGUGCCGAAACCUCCUGACGAGAGGGCAGACGCAGGACGAGGUCUGUGCUGCUUGUGGCUAAUUGGUCCUAUGGGUUUCCAGAUGGCUCUGGGGUACUUUCCAGCUGAUGUGCCUGGUGCUCCGGUUGAAACCCUGUCCGACCUUUGGAACAACCAGGUGUCAAUAGCUGUUAAGCAAGUCUUGGGGGAGGCAGCAUUAGUCCAGCUAUUGGUCCAUCUAGCUCAGCAAUGUCAAGGUUGACUUGCAGCGGUUCUUCAGGGUUUCAGAUGGGAGUUCUCUUCCAGCCUUAUUUGAUGCCAGGGGCUGAACUUGGGACCUUCUGCAUGCAAGCAGACGCCUUGCCACUUUGCUUUGGUUCAUUAAAUAUUGGCAAUCCUAGCUAAAUGGAAGCUCCAGAAACAGUGUAUAUCUGAGGUCCUUGUUGCAUCAUACAUUUAAAGCAGCAUUAUAUCACUUUGAACAGUCACGAUUCAUUAAAGAUGGUGAGAGCUAUUGGGAGUCAAAGCUACAGUUCCCAAAGUAGUUUAGCAUUCAGUCCCUCUUUCCAGGGAACUCUAGAAUUUGUUUCUCCGUACUGGAAAUAGGAGGUCUUCUAACAGCUCUCCGUAUCCUUAUGUCACGACACAUAACACAGUAUCUUUAUGUUGUGCAGAUGGGGCCUGCUUAACAGUUGCUGAGGACAAAUAGGUGGUGUAUGAAUGGGUAAAGGAAGGCUAUUGCCUGCAGGCCCGACUUGUGAGCUCCCCCUUGAGGCUUUCCAAGGGCUGCUGUAGGAAAUUGGGGCUGCUGGACUACGUGAGCCUUUCUCUUGAUUCAGCAGGGAUUUUACUGCAUUUCCCAAUCUGAGCAAUGCUUUGUCCCUUUGUAUCUGCAGAUAAGUAGGCUGAGCGGAGCCGCAGUCUCAACUCGGGGGAGGUACAUGACUGCAGAAGAGAAAGCAAAAGUUGGGCCUGGGUUUGUAUCUUCAUCAAUUUCCUCCUCUGGUUCUCUCCAGGAUUAAAAAAUCUGUAGAAGAAUGAGUUCUUAUGGAUUAGAUAUUGGCCCUGAACGAGCAGACCAGCUACGUUUGUGUAUUGAUGUAAUUUUGUAAGCUAUGUGACUUGGCUGCUCACUUGAUCGAGAUGUGCAAAGUUAAAACUGCACAAGUCAAAGGUUACUGGGUGAAGGAAGCAACAAGCAAUCCUCUGUUCUUCCACCAUUACUAUACUUCAGUUUGCAAAACCAGGAGGACUCCCCCCACCACCACCAAACAGCUACCUUCCUGCAAAUCCCUUUUAAUGGGAGCAAACACACACACUGCCCAAUGUCAAGGACAGAGAGUGCCCCCAAGUGCAGCAUUUUAUCCCCUAUGAGGCUGACUACAGUUUAUUCCCAGAGUCCCAGUAACAUUGACUGCCUCCAGUGGAGGCCUUUGUUUCAGUUUAAAAUAUAUAAAAAAUAUUACAACUUGUGUUUUGCAGAGAUCGUCCAUUGUACUUGCACGUCCAGGGGCAAACGCGAGAACUGGUGGAUAGUAAGUAAGCUCUGAUUCAACACCCUGGGUAGAGAAUGGCUGUGUCUGUGCUGUAUCUAUAAAGCACAUUAUUUCCGUCAAAAGAAUUCUGGCACUGUAGCUUCUUCAGGGUAGCUGUGAAUUGCAACUGAGGGAUAAACCACAAUGCAACUCUUUAAGGAUGUGUUUAAAAUGUGCUUUUACGGUGUAGCGUGUACACAGCCGAGGUUAGUUACCGUAUUUUUCGCUCUAUAAGACACACCCAACCAUAAGACGCACCUAGUUUUAGAGGAGGAGAACAAGAAAAAAAAAAUCUCUCCCUCUCUGUGCAGCGCCUCUCCAGCAAAGCGGGAGGAGAAAUGGAAGGGGCUCCGUUUCGUCUCCCACUUUGCUGAAGGGGCGCUGCGCAGCGAAUACAGCGAUCCCUCUUGCUGUUCUGGCUUCUGGGAUAGCGUGCCAAGCCUCUUCAGGGCAGGAGGAGCGUUCCGGCUGUGCUCAAGAGGCUUUGCGUGGCUAUCCCUGAAGCCAGGAGAGGCAAGAGGGAUCAGUGUGCACCGAUCCCUCUUGCUCUCCUGGCUUCAGCUAUAGCUGCACAGCCUGCAUUCGCUCCAUAAGACGCACAGACAUUUCCCCUUACUUUUUAGGAGGGGAAAAGUGCGUCUUAUAGAGUGAAAAAUACGGUAGUUCACUUGACUUAGUCACAGUUGGCCUAACAAGCACAGAGUUGUUAUUAAAUAUGAAGUUGUGUUGUUGCUUAAUUUUUUCGCUCGGCAGCCAUCUGUUGGGGUUGCUGUGGUUGCUUCCAACAUUAUAAACCUUUCAUUAAGCAAGGGGUUGUACUACAUGACCACCAAGGCCUUUCCCAGCUCUGUAACUGCAUGAUUGGAGUAUAGACAGCUGCCUUAUGCUUCGGUCAGACCACUAGCCCAUGCAGCUCAAUAUUGUCUACCCUGACUGGCAGCAGCUCUCCAAGCUUUCAGACAGGGAGUCUCUCCCAGCCCUGCCUGGAGAUGCUGGUGGAUUGGACCUUGGACCUUCUGCUUGCAAGAUAGAUGCUCUACCACCAGGCCGCAGACCUUCCUCUGAAAGAGCCUGUCCUUGGGAAAAUAAGGAGUUGUCUUAUGCUGGGUCAGGCCCACUGGGUCAAUGUAGCUCAGUACCGUCUACACUGUCUGGCAGCAGCUCUCCAGGGCUUCAUGCAGUGUCCUUCACACAAUCUUAUAAAGCAGCAACAGCACCUACAUGAAAACAAUUCAAAUCCAACACAGAUAACAGUUCUAUAUCCUUAAUGAAUAAUGAUUGUGAAAUGUACCCUAAAUGUUUUUUUCUUCUUCUGUGGUAACCACAAUGUCCCUUCUUUUCAUAGGGCUAAAGUUGUUUAUUUCUUUUUGCCUUACAGGAGCAGUAAACCGAAUCAAGGAAAUCAUUACAAACGGCGUCGUGAAAGCUGCCACUGGAUCCAGCCCAACUUUCAACGGAGCUACAGUUACCGUCUACCACCAACCUGCCCCCAUCACUCAGCUGCCUCCGGCUGUUGGCCAGAAGCCCUCCUUCCAGUCAGGAGGAGUACGUAUUGGCCAAGUCCUUGUGUCUUUACCCUUGCAUCAGUGUUAGAAACUGAGAUAUGGAAGCUAGGAGCUAAAUGGCACCUUAAACCUAGGCUAUGGGUGCAACAAUGGAAUGUCUAGGCAUUCUUUUUUUAAUAACAAGAAUACAAAGCUGAAAAUGAAUGAACUGCACUUAAAAUCUUAUGUUCAUUUUUCACACGGUCUAUUCCUCAUACGAAGACUGCAAAAAACUGUAAUAAAAACAAUAAGACAUGCUUCCCCUGCUUGCCCCGCUAAGAGGGUCUCUUCUCCAGUCUUCAGAGACUAGCUGGAGGCAGAAAAAAGGUCCUCCUUUCCUUCCACUGUGCAGUUUUAAUCUGAAAUCUUAGGCUCAGUACUGCACCCAGAGCUCAGAAACUGCUCACGUUAAUGAAAUUCUCUGUCACAAAACAUACCUAGAACAAUGGGAGUUUUGAACACUGCCUUACAUUUUGCUUUACACCUGUUUGCCUGUUGAACUGUCCAUGUCUGCUUAGUUUGAUUCCCUUACCUAGAGGAUUAAGAAGGCAGAGCCUGUACAGCUGGGCUCUGUCGAUACCAUCCUCUUAGAGAAACACGAUGGAGAGAGGGGUUCAGCUUGCAGAAAGAGUGGCGACCUCACUGUGCCAUCGGACAAACAUGUAGCCAGUGUGGUGCCUGCCAGGUGAUGUUGGACUACAGUUCCCAUCGGCCUCAGGAUGGUCAAGGAUGAUGGGAGUUGUAGUCCAGCAACAUUUUGACGGCACCACACUGGCUAACCCUGUCUAUACACACCUUAUACUGAGUUAGACCACUCGUCCAUCUAUCUCUGUGUUGUUUACCCUGAUUGGGAAUGGCUCUCUAGGGUGUCAGAAAAGGUUCUCUCUCCCAGCCCUAUGCGGAGAUGGCAGGGAUUGAACCCGGGACCACCUGCAUGCAAAGCAAAUGUUCUGCUACUGAGCUAUGGCCUUCCACUGAAACAAGAACUAGGAUGCGGGAUUGCAGCCAUAGCAGGUCAUCUGGGAAGAGGGGACCUCUAACCCAUUCCCACCCUUUCCUGAUUCUAGUGUCAAAUGCAACACCUAAGGGUGUGUGUCUCUCUCUGUGUGUACAGAUGCACUAUGUCCAGGACAAAUUGUUUGUUGGCUUGGAACACGCUGUACCUACCUUCAACGUAAAGGAGAAAGUCGAAGGCCCAGGCUGCUCCUACUUGCAACAUAUCCAGAUUGAGACCGGCGCCAAGGUGUUCCUCCGGGGGAAGGGCUCUGGGUGCAUCGAACCCGCCUCUGGCCGAGAAGCCUUUGAGCCGAUGUACAUUUACAUCAGGUAGGGAGCUGGGAGCCUGUUGGGCUUUGUCACCGGGAAGGAAUUGGCUUUUUGAGUGCCAUCCCAAGUGUAAAGGUGGGAUGUCAAGUUUGGUAAGCUGGCUUAGUUUAAUUACGAAGCCUUUCUGAUCAGCUGAAUGUGGGAUGGGUAGCAAGCAGGUUGGGAUUUACUAGCGGAUCCCUGGGUGAUCUGAAGCAGGUGAGCAAGGACUUCUGACUCCUAACAUUGGAAUAGCAGGGUUGGAAGUGAGCCCCGGGGGACAUCUAGUCCAGUGUCCCAAACUUGAUCUCCAGCUGUUUUUUGAACUACAGUUCCCAUCAUCCCUGACCACUGAUCCUGGUAGCUAGGGAUGAUGGAAGACGUAGUCCAAAAACAGCUGGAGACCCAAGUUUGGGAAACCCUGAUCUAGUCCCACCCCCUGCUAUGUAGGAACCUUUUGCCCAUCUUCGCGGAUGUCUGGAGUCUGACAGGAACGUGUGUGUCUGUGUUUUGUAUUUCCUCUCCUCCAGCCAUCCAAAACCAGAAGGCCUUGCAGCUGCCAAAAAGCUUUGUGAGAACCUGUUACAAACAGUAAGUAGGCCCUUCUUUUUAGCGUUGCACUCUCUCGCCAAAGUCACGUGAAGUGCCCAUCUCUUUCUGCACUUUAUAUACAGCUUGGUUGUGGCAGCCCCUGAUGUCCCAGCAACGUGUUGACCCUCCUAGUGAAAAGGAUUAUUGUUGGGAACAAAGCAGCAUGUCUUCCAUUUUUUGCUAAUUUGAAACCCUCCCAGCUGUCCAGCUGUCAUAGAAUCAUAGAAUUUAGAGUUGGAAGGGACCACGAAAGCCAACCUGGUCCAGCUCUCUGCAACUUGGGGCUCAAACCCACGACCCUAAGAUUAAGUGUCUCACGAUCAACUGAGCUGUCCCAGCUGUCGUUGUGGUGCAGUUGCUUAGCUUAGUAAAACGUCUCAUACUUGGGAAUCAGAGCUGAUGGUUGAAACUGACUAUUUGUGAUUGUGCUGUUGUUUUAAUGCAGUCUCCCCCAACCUGGUGCCCUCCAAACAUUUUGGACUGCUUCUCCCAUCAUCCCCUUCCCAUUGGCCCUGCUUGCUAGGGGUUGUUGGGAGUUGUAGUACUACAGCAGCAUCUGGAGAACCACAGGUUCCCCAUGCCCGAUACUGAAGAAGCCCCUUCCCUGCCCCCAGACUGACUCCCACUUGUAGCAUUGGGCAGUAGAACCAAUCUAGACAGGAGGAGCUUAACAGUUUGCAUACAACUAGGCUCACCUAACCAGGGCUAUACGGUCUCCCACUAGAGCAGUCGGUUUGCAUAAGUGUCCUUGAUUGAAACCGAAGCAAUCUGAUCCCGCUUUAUCUCUUCCAAGGUUCAUGCUGAAUACUCGCGAUUUGUGAACCAGAUAACCACGGCAGUCCCCAUAACAGGUAUGUAUUGACAGCGUGCAACACUUAGUUCGGUGGUGGAGUGAGGAUGAAAGAUGGAAACCAGAGACUUUGGGGUUAAAUUUGCCAUUAUGAAACCCACAGGUGGAGAAAUGGCUCUCAGCCUUUCCAUUCCCUGCGGGGGGCGCCUGCAUCACAAUGGUGGGUGAUGCAGUUCUCUGUUGCCACCUGGUUGCUCCCUGUUGUGCUUGCAAGGACAGGGUGGGGAACCUCUGGCUGGGGCGGGGGAUUAUAGACCUGGAGAUAGCUAGGCCUGGAGCGCCACAUCUGUUUUUCUUGUGUUACCCAAGCCACACACCCUCUGCCCAGACCACACCUCUGCACGGGCCUUGCUUCAUAAACCCCUUGAGUGCUUUUGCCUGGCUGGAAUGUGUCCUUGAAGUCUGGUAAUGCCUCUUGUUUGUCCGAAUGGAGGAGCGAGAGGGCUCUGUGUGUCUGCGUGUAGAAACUAGCCUGUUGUUGUUUAACAACCCUCCCUUCACUCUUAAGGUCUCGGAGCAGGUUACAACAAUUAAAAUACAAUUUUAAAGACAGUUUGAACAGUUUACUGUGUAAAAUUUGGAUUCAUUGCUCCACCUGCUUUUCUUUCUGUCCCCGCCCACAUGCCCACCAGCAUGCUAAUUUUAAAUUUAAUGUAAUUUAUUAUUUAUACGCCGCCCAUCUGGCUGGUUUUCCCCAGCCACUCUGGGCGGCUUCCAACAGAACACUAAAAUACAAUAACCUAUUAAACAUUAAAAGCUUCCCUAAACAGGGCUGCCUUCAGAUGUCUUCUAAAAGUUUGGUAGUUGUUUUUCUCUUUGACAUCUGGUGGGAGGGCGUUCCACAGGGUGGGUGCCACCACCGAGAAGGCCCUCUGCCUGGUUCCCUGUAACUUGGCUUCUCACAGCGAGCGAACCACCAGAAGGACCUCAGCGCAGGACCUCAGUGUCUGGGCAGAUGUUAAUUUGGAACACCUUCCUAUUUCGUAUCAGACAGUCACCAUCACUUUUCGGCAUCCAUUGAAGGCUUUCCUUUUUCAGCAGGCCGUCUAAGAGAUAUUUUUAUUUCUGCCCCAGGUCACACACUGUAUUGGGUUUGAAACUUUUUAUGUGUGUUUAUGUAAGAAUUUCAACUCUUUAUAUAUAUGCAGUGGUUUUCUGUAUUUUUACUGUUUUGUGAGAUUGCCUUGACAUGCUUCAAUAGGAAGUAAUUCAUGUAUAAAAUAAAUAAUAAUUAUUACUUUCUUCCUCUCCCCACCCCCAUAGGGUUUGCACAGCCCGCAGCUUUAACGACUGUCCCUCCUCAGCCACCGUAUUACCCCCCCAGCGGCUUUCAGGCAGGCUACCCUGUGGUUCCGCCCCCUCAGCAGCCGGUACAGCCUCCUUAUGGGGUGCCAGGCAUUGUGCCUCCUGCGGUUCCGUUGGCGCCAGGAGUGUUAGCACUACCCACUGGAGUCCCACCUGUGCCCACCCAGUACCCGAUUACGCAAGUGCAGUCUCCCGCUAGCACUGGCCAGGUAAGGCAGGGAAUGUUGCCGUAAGUCUGGUGAGGGGGCACCCAGUAGUGUCUAGGGCAGUGUCCUUGAAUCCCCAGAGAUUGUUGGACUGCUACUCCCAUCAUCUCUGACUGUUGGUGAAGCCGGCUGGGGAUGAUGGGAUUUGUAGUCCAGCAACAUCUGGAGACGCAAGGUUGAAGAACACUGCUGAAGGGGUGGCUGUUGUUAUUUUUUAGACUGUUUCAUAGACGCUUUAAAUUGUUUUUCAGAAGUUUUUAAACCUUUUUUUUUAAAAAAAAGUUUUAAUUGUAGUCUGCUUUAUGGGUGAGAUUGCCACCCUCUCAUCUUUUAGGAGGUGGCUUCUAAGCAGUUUACAAGCGGUAAUAAAAAAAGGUUUUUAACCGAAACCACACAUAAAUGAAACAUACAGUAAAACAACUUCAUCAGAAUGUGAAAAUAAACAUUGGCAAUUAAAAUGCACAAUGAAAUGAGCCUGUUAAAGCAGCACAGUGAUUAAAAUGGCAAUUAAAGCAGGACAUUCAAACCCGGAGAUCAAAGGAAUGCAGGUGUGCCUUCAGGAGCUGGCAGAAUCCUAACACAGCUUAGUGGGGGGGGGGGCUCUUGUAUUUUAGCAGGGGAGGGGAGAUUUGAUAACAUUAACAUGUGGAGUAUAUCUCUUGGAGUCUGAAUGAGAGGUUAUCAGAUUUCACAUCUUUUUCUCUCUUUUUAAAAAUCAAGGUCAUGCUGAGACUCUUAAUCUCAGGUUCAUAGGUUUGAGCUCCACAUUGGGCAGAAAGUCGCUGCAUUGCAGAGGGUUGGACUGGAUGACCCUUGUGGUCCCUUCCAAAUCUGUGAUUCUGUGAUGUGUUGCAGGCGUGAUGCAUUACUCCAUUCUGGGGUGGGGGGCUCGCCUGCCGUGGGUGGGGGUAGUGCAAGCUGCCUGUUCGUGGUAAGCCAUGGUGAGCCAGUAAAUCUGGGUUCUUGUUUAUGUGAGAAGUGCACACAGCAUCAGGGAGAGCAUUCGGUUGUGCGGGGUGUGAGCCUUCCAUUGCUCCAAUUACAGGGGAAAGGUAAUGAGGAGGCUCGUAAGGAAUCCAGACGUUCUCAUUGGUCUCUAAAAACAUGAGCUAGGGGCCCAGCACAAAAAUCCCUGCCCUUCUAAUUUGAGCACUGAUUGGUGGAGAGAGAGAAGGACGCAUGUAGCUAAAAAGAGAGCCUGGCUUGGGAGCCUUAGCAAGGGCAGAUCUGACCAAAUAGAGCAGUGCAGAGCUGAGGCCUCGACUUGCCUUUCACAGCCACAAAUGUAGCCCCAUGGAAGCAGAUUUAGUUAGUGGUUGGUUGUGGGAAGGGGGCUCUGAAUCUGGGCUGAAUUGUGACCCCCUGUAAACAGUAGCUAAAGGUGCCCAUCACAAUUGGAUUUGACAUUCUUUUCAUAUAUUGCGUUGUUUUACCUUUUCGUUUGUUGGUUUGGAGUUUACUGGAUAUAGAAAGAACAAAACACAGACAAUAUAAGUACAAUAAAUACAUGUUACUGUUUCAGUUGUUGGUGCUUAAGAAAUUGCUUUUCUAACGGGCGAUUUUAUUGUCUCAGAUUGCUCCCGCGUUUCACAGGAAGCGAUUUCUAAAUGCAAUGAGAUUGUGUGCGUGUUUCUAAGAUACAUUUUCGUUUUGUUGUUACUUGUAUUUUUUAACCGCUUUGGUGUUUGUCCGCAAAGGGCAGCAAAGGUGGGCUACAAAUGUGAUCAGUAUCGAAAUAACAGAAAUAACCCCUCUCUUCUUUUGCCUGCGUGGUUUGUAGACGCCCCUGAGCGCCCCUUUCCUCCCGGCUGCCCCCGUGAAGACGACCUUGCCGGCCACCACGCAGCCGCCAGGUCAGCCGCAACCCCAGCCGGGCCAGAAAAGGCGUUUCACCGAAGAGCUGCCGGAUGAGCGGGAAUCUGGGCUGCUGGGAUACCAGGUGGAGUGACUCCCUGCCAUUUUACUGCCUCCCCUGCCCUUCUUUCCUUUGGUCACAGAGCUGGGUUUUUUCCUCAAGCUUCUAUGGGUCAGAUACGGUAGAAGCUAGUGUUCCUCAACUGCCCUGCCAUCAGGUGGGCCCUGGAGGGUCAGGGCCAACAUGCUGCCAGUUACUGGAAGCCGCAGGAUGGGAGAGAUGCUCUUUUUCUCGGCUCCUGCUUGCGCAUUCCCGACUGCAGCGUCUGAGAACGGGGUGCUGAACUAUAUGGGCCACUGACAUGAUUCAUCAGGGUCAUCUUAAGUUCCCCAUCACCUUGGCCAAAGAAGGUGCUGCGUUCUUUGGGAUAGGCAGUUAUCCCUAGGCAGGCUUUGCGUUCUCAAGCGAGGUGCCCAGCAAAUGUUGCUGGACUACAGCUCCCAUCGUCAAUGGCCGUUGGCCAUGCUGGCUGAGGCUGAUGGGAGCUGUAGUCCCAACAUCACGUGGACCCUUUUCCAGGAGUCCCAAGCAAUUGCUGGGAGAGGUGGUUUGCCAGCCAAGAGGUAGGACCCUGAUUUCUCAUGGUUGUUACAAAAAGGAACCUUGUGACACUUUAAAGCGGUGGUGAGAGAAGAUAUAGAUUCCUGAUGUUGUUGGACUCAACUCCCAGAAGCCACGGCCUAGUAAUCAGGGCUGAUGAGAGUUGAAGUCCAGCACUAUCUAGAAUGCCACAGGUUCUCCACCCUGCAGUAAAAGCAGAGAGAGUAUUCAUCACAGCCCUUUCCUGAUCUCGUAUCUGUCUGAGCUCUGACCAGGAAGCUCGGAAGCCGUACCACAUGAAUUCCUUAGCAGUUUGACCCCCUGUUGUUUACAUUGUCCCCUAUCCCAGUGACCUUCGAAAUAUAUUUUGCCUUGCUACCUGCACCAUUGAGGGACCCCACUAGCUGUCCCAGUUUGCACCUUACUCUCCACUGGGUUUUGAGGCUUUGUGGUGGUGAUCGAGGAUGGAGUGUUUUUUCCUUCCAAUUUCAAACUUUAUAAUAGAUGCCACUAUUUCCUCUUUGUUUGUGUUCCAUCUCUAAACUAGGCUUGUAAGUAAGUCAACACAAGUGACUAGCCUGCCUGCCCACAUGUGGGAUGGGCCAUAAUUGAAAUAAAAAGGCGCAUUCGUUUGAACUGAGAAGGUUCCAGGUUAAUAAUAAUAAAAAUAUAAAUUUUAUUAUUUAUACGCCGCCCAUCUGACUGGGUUGCCCCAGCCACUCUGUGGCAUCUCCAGUUUAAAAGUCACAUUGGGAGAAGAACUUUCUCUGUCUGAGAUCAUGGAAAUCUGCCAGUCAGAGCGGGCCGUGCUGGCUAGAUGGUUUGGCCUGGUCUAAGGAACCUUCCUUUGUUCUCAUAAUAAAAGGCAGUGGCUAAGAUAUAAAGAGCCACUGAAAAUUAGUGCUGAGUUUACAGUGAGCAAAAAUACUGACAAAGAAGAAUGUUCAUAGAAGAUCUUGAUUUAAACUAAAGUGAAUGGUUAGUUAACAGAAACAGAUACAGGUGAUGAUGCUAUAUUUCAUUUCAAGAGUUGGAACGGAAGGGCCUGUUGGUUUUAGCAGGCACCUUCCUCUGUUCUGACCUGGUGUAAGGCAACUUCCUCGUUCCAUACUUAGGUGAGUCAUUUGUGACAUUUGGACAGCUCGAAAGGAGAAGAAGAAAAGGGAACCAGCUCUGUUUUCUCAACCUCCCUGGCAGCUGUUCUUACUUGCCGCAGGUGGCACAGGCUGCUACAGUCUCAGUUAUGAGGCUGGUCUGAAAAAGCUGUUGAGUCUUAACAGCCCUUUAAAACAAAAAACUGAUCCCUGUUACCUUUUCCUUUGGAAGAGAAGUAAAUAUUCCACACACCUGAGUUCAAAUCCUGGAGUGGCACAGAACCUGAGCUGUGUGUUGAGAAAUCCCCCCGUUCAAACCUCACCUUGGCUUUGAAUGACACCGGCCUCCUUAGCGAUUUGCUCAGCCUCAGCCUUCCCAUCUGCAAUAUGGAAACAACGAAGCCUGGCCUACCUUUCAAGGGCUCUUGAAAGGAUUGCACAGAGUAUCUUAAGCCAUGAUACGCUAUGCUCAUGCUCCCAGGUGGUUUGGGCAUUGUUGUGCAGCAAGCUUUCCAGUUUACCAUGUGCAAAAUGCACAGUGUUUUAAGAGGCCCAGAAAAAGAAUGGAAGCAUGGCCUGUAAUGGUGUGUAGAGAGCAAAGAGACUGGGCCUGCUGCAAGUUUUCAUUAAGGAGCUGAUAGCUUGUGUCAUAGUUUUAGAUUUGCUAAUGCCGCUGUGUUUUUCUGCUCAUAGCAUGGACCCAUUCAUAUGACUAAUUUAGGUACAGGCUUCUCCAGUCAGACCGAGAUGGAUGGAACGGGUUCGAAGCCAGCAAGUUCCUCAGGAAAGGAGAGAGAGAGGGACAGGUAGGUUGUGGCUGUGGCGCCCGGCUUUGCUCUGGUACAGUUUUGAGUGGGAACUGCAAUGAAAUGUGUUUCAGUGUGGAAGUGCUCUUCAGCCCCUAUCAUUAGGGGAAGUGAGGUUGCUGAGUUUUGGGGUAUUGUGAAAAGACAAAUAUAUAUAUAGUUGUAGACCAUGUAGUUAAAUUUAUUACCCACCCUUCAACUGCAGCUUACUACAAAAUUUAAAAACAGGACAUAUUGCACAUGACAGUACUAAGCUAAAUGGGAUCAAUGGGCCAACUUGUUAUAAGGCAGGUUCCUACAGGUUUUAUCCAGCUAAGAGUAGACCCAUUGAAAUGAAUGGACCCGGGUUAGUCACGGUCCUUCAUUUCAGCAGGCUCCUCUGAGCCUAACCAUGGGAGAAGAUGGUCUUUUAAGCAACCUGGUCCCAAGCCAGUGAAUCCCAAUUGGGAAGAGUUCUUCUUGCGCUCAGGACCUACAUACAGGCUUCCCAGAGCCUUCAGGUUGGCUGCUGUGAGAACAGGAUGCUGGACUAGAUGGGCCUCUGGCCUGAUCCAGCUGCCAGGCUCUUCUUAUGUUCUUAAACCAUUUAUUUAUUCCACAGGAUUUAUAUAUUGCUUAAUCCUCAAAACCUCUUAGCGGUUUGCAAACCAAUACACAUUAAGAAUACAGUGGUACCUUGGUAGUCAAACGCCUUAGUUGUCGAACAAAUUGGCUCCUGAAUGUCACAAACCCGGAAGUGAGUGUUCCAGUUUGCGAACAUUUUUUGGAAGCCGAAUGUCCAACGCGGCUUACGUGGCUUCUGACUGCGUGCAGGAAGCUCCUGCAGCCAAUCGGAAGCUGCGCCUUGCUUUUUGAACUGUUUCGGGACUCCCAGAACGGAUUAAAUUUGAGAACCAAGGUACGACUGUACUGAUAAAAUAGUAUUAAAAACAAAUUGACCCACAGAAUUCCAAAAUAUAAAUUUAAUCUGCAGUCUUAAUACACUUUAAUUUUGGAAAUAUGCAUUUGGACACCUCUUGAGAUGCCGUGGACAAAUUUUCAUGAUGAUGGAGGAGCAGGUUUCUGUCAACGUUUGUAUACAGCUGGACACCAUUUGGAAGGAAGAUGGCGGGCUGAACCUUUCAAAACUACACUGAUACUAACCACUGAUUUAAGAACUGCCCUGAGAAUCUGCACUUAGAAUCCCCUUGCAGGGCCAGGUGCGAUACUGCUGGGUAUAAAAUAGAAAUUCCAUAUGUGGCUAAGUUUGCCCAUGCAAAACAGUUUUCAGCAGGGGCCAAAAAUAAUAUAAGGAAGGCACCUGCCUAAUAUAAAUAUUUACGGCUUUAAAACCAGGAUUUUUAAUGGGUUGAAUAAGCUUGAAAUGCUCUUUGUUUCCGAACAGGCAGCUGAUGCCUCCACCGGCUUUACCAGUGACCGGGAUGAAGGUGGAGCCUGACGACCGGAACGGGUCCUUAGUGGGCAGCAAUGGUGAGCGUGGGCGGCCGGGAGCCGUGACUUGUACUUGCAUUCCAUCAGCCGGCCUAGCUAACUUUAGGCUGUUCUUCCCAGUGUCACCUCCAGGUGCUAAACUCUUAUGUACACAACUUACUUUCAGUUCCCUGUCUUCUGAGUUCUGUUAGUAGCUAGGAAAACUAAAACUAAGAGUAAAUCAAGCCUUUAUUCUUACACGAACUCCAAAGAGUAAAAUUACAGAGUGGUAAAGCUAAGGGUACAAUUUGUCUCUGAAAAUGCACACACCCUUAAAGACCCGGAGUUCCCAGGAGCUCUGAGUGUGAAUGUCCUUCCUGUUCCCACAAUGCACAGCUCUGCAGGGAGAAGCUUCCGAAUACCACCAAUCUCUCUCCCAUGGAUGCCAUGUGGAGGCCCUUGGUAUGAACAGCGCCACAUACGAAAGAGCAAGCAUUUAAAACAUGGCACCCGGGCUUGUGUAAUCCGCAAAGGUGCCUGGGCAGGAGGGCAGAAAAGGGGUGAGAGCGGACAGAAGAGGAGACCCCUGCUUUGCACACACAAAGGCCUCUAAUUCAAUCUCCAGGUUAGACUAGGAAAAAGACUCCCUGUCUGAAAUCCUGGAAGAGGCUCUGCCUAGGUUGAUGAUACUGAGCCAAAUGGACCAUUGUUCUGACUCAAGGGAGCUUCCUCUGUUCUUCUUUAAAUCAGCCCUUUGUUUUGAGCCAGGAGGACUGGAACCUUACUUUAUUUUUAGGGGAGGGGCUGCGGUUCAGUGGUAGAGCUUUGCAUGCAGAAGGUCCCAGGUUCAGUCCAAAAAGGCAUCUCCAGGUAGGGCUGGGUGAUGUCCCUUGCCUAGUUUCUAUGUUCCUAAGAAGGAUGAGGAAGCUGUAAGUCAUCCCUCACCAACCUAGUUCCCUCCAAAUGUUUUGGAUGAAAGCUCCCAUCAGCCCCAGCCAGCCAGAUAUGAGUUUUACAUCUGGAGGCACCAGACUGGUGACAGAUGAUGCAAGCCAUCCAUUUCCAGUUCUGAUCAGGAGAGUGGGCAGAACAAUAGAACUUUUUCCCUUCUGCACUUGGAUCUGCUGUUCUUGGAGCUAAUGCUUUUCUUUGCUCAGACACCGCAGGGAAAAGAACAGUGUCUCCUCCUCAGGGCUCAGGGCUGUUGCUUUGGUCUGAUUUGUGUACCCAGCAUCCUAGCCCUCCUUCCCAGUUACUGCUGCUUUCCCUCUUUUUCUCUCUCUUCCUUACAUCCUCCUCCACCAAGCAAUACAUCAUACUCCUUCCUCAAUACCCAGAAAAGCAAAAUUCUGCAUUUCAAGCAGGGAAUCUUAGCUUUUCCUGUGAUGCCAAGUGAAAUUGACAUAUAGUCAGUUGAUUUCCGCUCCUGUGCUUAGGUGCUCAGCGUGGCUUUUCUGCUGGUGGGACAUCCAGCUUGAAUUGGACACUUCUAACCGGGAGACAUAACAUAACACUUCUCUUCCCCCCCCCUUUCUUAAAAGUUUCCCUUUUUAAAAAAGAUAGUUGGACACUUUCAACCAGCUCCUGUUUUUUUUUUUAACAUGUUGUUCUUUAACGGUGAACUUGCAAACCCUGUUGCCUCAUUUUUGCUAACUUGAUUUUUCUUUGUCUUUUUGUGUUUUUCUUUUUUUCUCUCUCUCUCUUCUGUGUUCUCUUACAUGGCUCUGACGGAUCACACAUGUGCUGUUUGCCGGUCCUGUAUCGCCUGACCUCCCACUCGGGGUGACCGUUGUUGGCUCUGUGACCUCAAAAUGGUGUCCGACUAACUUUUUUUUUGGAAAAAAAAAAUACAUUAAUGCCUCUCAUUUGAAUUAACAUGUUUUUGGGGGAUAUUUUUUACCUUUCUCUUUUAUUUUUUCCUGGGGCGGGAUGUCUCUCUCUUUUUUUUCUCUCUCUCUCUGUUCAUCAUCAUUAGAUCACCCAGCUAAGAAGAUGAAAACCGGAGAAAAGGGAUUCGGCCUGGUGGCUUAUGCUGGUGACUCCUCGGAUGAAGAAGAAGACCACGGGGUUCACAAAACCGCAAGUAGCUACUCGCAGACAUGGAGCUUAGGAUACCAGUACCCCUCGUCGCAGCAACGGGCAAAGCAACAGAUGCCAUUCUGGAUGGCACCUUAGCUGCUGCAGCUGCAGUUUCCUCCGCCACCUUCCACCUGUUGUCUCUCUCAAGCAAUAACACGUGUAUAUUAUCAAAGAAUCUCUGCAAAAUGUACAUCGGCCCUGACCUCUUUGCACAAGCUUCUGAGAUGCAGUAUGGCCCUUUCUGUGCCAGGGGCUCUGUUUUUGUGUUUUCGUUUUAUUUCUUUAAAAAACAAACAGACAAAAAGAACUUGCUAUUAUAUCAGCAGUGGACUCCUCCAUCAAAGGCAAUUUGAAAGCUGCAGGCUUAACGGAAUACAACUGCAGAUAAACAGUGUCAGCAUUACACUCGCAGGGAAUGUCUCCAUUAUCUCUCCCUUUCUCUCUUUUAAUGCUCCCCCCCCCAGCUUAUCAUGCACCUGUUCUUGGCUUUGGAAAAGAAGCCAGCCAACCAGCGAAGUUCAAUAACUUAAGCCUGCUGCUGUUCUGCUUGUAUUUCUGUUUUAUAACUGGAUUUUACUUUUGUGUGUGUGUGUGUGUAAUGCUUGGUCUUCUAAAUAGGAUUGGGGUGGGUGGGGGAAACCUUUGCCUGAAAAACCUGUUUCCUGAAAAUCACCUUCUUUAAAAUCUCUUUCUGUUGGUCUCUUUUUUAAAAAAAAAUCCGUAAUGCAGUUUUCCAAAACAACUUCAGAAUUAUUUUGGCAAGCGGGUGGUUUGUUUUCUUCUUUGUCUCUCUAAUUUCAUUUGGCCAAGUCACAUUUGUCAGGGAAGACAAUGUAUUACUUUUUCUCCCCUUGCUGUGGGGUGGGGGUGGUUUUAGUAGUAGGUGUUAAAAUCUCGAACCAGUCCUCCUGAGGUAAUUUUUCUUCACCCCGUUGUGCUUGGAUCUUCGACCGGCCAGCGUGUCGUUACUUCUGCAGCAAUGGCAUCGUUGCAAUCUCGUUCCGUUCCGAAAAACCACCUCCAACCAGACUUCUUUGCUUUGUGGCUAUCUUGCUGAUAAGAGAUGCAUUGAGCUUGGGACAUCUUUGGGUGCUGGUGACAUGCAGCCACGGCCGAAGAGGAAAACACAAAACUUGUGGGAUUGUUUUAUAGCGACUCAAAACUGUAGCGGGCUCUUUCCUGGGCCUGUUAGGCUGCUAUCAACCAAAACACUUGCAGUCAAGGGCAGAGACGGAGGGGGCACCACUGGACCUGAAAUUUUGCUGUCUUGUGUUCAAAGGGCAAGUAAAAGUUUGAAGUAUUGGAAUAAGUGUUGGAGGUGUUUCCCCGCCCCACAGAAAAUGAUCUGGUGGAGCUUGCUUUCACUUUAAAAAAACAAACCAACAACCACACUAUUCUCUGAUUUUGUUUUUCUAUAUGUUGUAAAUAAAUUCAAACCAUAAUUUCAUUAUAAAUGUACAAAUAAUUCUACUUGC